AUGCCCCCCGAGCAGGUGCUCACACCCCGAGGUGCCCGACGCGCUCCUGCUCCUCCCGGCGCUUCCCCUGCCCCGGCAGCGGUGCCGAGUGAGCCGCUCACACGGACACCGCUGCCGGCCAGGGACACCGCUGCCGGCCAGGGACACCAGCCCUGCUCCCCGGUGUGUGCCGCUCACACGGACACCGCUGCCGGCCAGGGACACCAGCCCCGCUCCCCCGUGUGUGCAGCUCACACGGACACCGCUGCCGGCCAGGGACACCAGCCCCGCUCCCCCGUGUGUGCAGCUCACACGGACACCGCUGCCGGCCAGGGACACCAGCCCCGCUCCCCCGUGUGUGCCGCUCACACGGACACCGCUGCCGGCCAGGGACACCAGCCCCGCUCCCCCGUGUGUGCCGCUCACACGGACACCGCUGCCGGUGGACACCGCUGCCGGCCAGGGACACCAGCCCUGCUCCCCCGUGUGUGCCGCUCACACGGACACCGCUGCCGGUGGACACCGCUGCCGGCCAGGGACAGCCGGGCCCGCUCCCCCGAGCCAGGCAGGAAACGCAGACACGGAACAAAGCAGCCGGCGGGCAGGGAGACGCGUGGGGAGGAGCGAGAGCGGAUUUCUUGGCAAGCAAGACACGAAUCCUCUUUGCAAAGCACUGGCAUUUGCUGCUAUGGCUCUGCUGCAUGUGAGAAGGGACACGGCUAGAAAAAGCUCUGUAGCCAUCACAGAAAACCAGGAUACUGCUGCUCUGUUCACGAACUGCAUACAAGUGGGAUGCCACUUUUUUUUUUGGUUUGCUUAUAAACUACUCUAAAUAGAAAUAAUUCUCUUCUGGAAAUGGAUGGAAUGUAUAUUUUGACAAGUACAAAACGGUUUCAAAUGUUCACUAAAUACAAGGAACAUCUUGGUAUAAAAAUAACAGACCCUCCCACCCACUGUCCCCUCUUUACAUAUCUAAUUAUAAAAUGGUACAGUCAUUUCAGGUUCCUAACAUGAAACAAGUAUUGAGGAUGGCAUUACAUACAUAUACAAAACAUUUAGGUAUUUGACAUCUGAAAUAACUGUAUACAUUCAGAGCAAAGCAUCUUGAUCUGGCUAUUGUGUUUAAUGCUACUCAGGACCGAAGAAUCAAGAAAUAAACACGAAAGGGAAAACACUAUUACUCCUUUUUUCCUCUCAUUUGUUUUUCCAUUCACUACAGAAAGAAGUAACUUCCACCAAUUCACAAUUAAAAUACUUGAGAGAGACAAGAUUAAUUUCAGAUGGAAAAAUCAUAUGUUGGCUUUUCAGUCAAAAUCCACAUUUUCAUUUCUUUGUUUCUCCCUGUGAAAUACAGCUCCUGCUUGGAAGGGUGCUUCCUUGGAGAAGAAAUGGGCAGAUAAAGGGGCCAAGUGGUGUCCAGCCCAGUGGGGUAAGAGAUGUGGCAGAGGGACAGCCCUGACCCUCACCCUCCAUCCUGACCCACCACUGCCACCUGCUUCACAAACAAACCCUCCCUGAACAGUCCAGCUAGCACUCCUCAUUCCCUGAAACUAUCAAUUACCUCAGGGAACAGCUUGGUACAAUGAAAGCAGUGCUUAUUUUGGGUCCAUUUCCCCUAUUUAAGAACCUGUGAAGCCUCCUUUCCCCUCAGCCCUAUCGUUCCCCACGGUGUUUCCCGCUGGCGCUGACCGAGCCCAUUCACUGCUGCCAGGCUGCCUGCCCCAAAUAACACUCACACAUUUGUGCAACUACAAAACAAACGAGUCCACAUGGGCUCAAUGUUCAUCAAAGUUCCAAUCCCAGGGUCAGCACUAGCCACGAAGAAGCUUGGCUGUCCCAAACCUGCUGAAAGCCCCAGGCCUGCUCUUCACCAAGCCCUGGAGCUGAACUUGGGCCAGCUCCUUUCCCUCCACUUAUCCAAGACAUACUGGCAGCACAAAACACAGGAGAGGAAGCAGCACUGUGCAGGUGUGAUCCCAGGAUCUCCUUCCCCUGCAACACAGGCUCACCCUUGGAGAAGCACUUGUGAGAUGGGAAGGAACAGGCUGGGUUUCUCUGCUGUGUUAGUCCUGCCAAAUGGAUGCAUCCCAACAACAGUGCCCUUCCUGCCAUGACUGCCUUGGGGUUUGAUCCAGGGGUCAUUAGUGAGAUCCAAGGGAACACUUAUCAUAUGUGAUUUUAAUAUUUUAUUUUUCCAAAUUGGCUCUACAAAACCUUUUUCUUUAGUGCCACAAUCUCCCUCAAAUAAAAGGCCUAAAAAUGGCAACUCCUGAUUUCACAACAGUACAGUCUCCAUACUCACAUCAAUGCACUUUUAUAUGCAUAGAUGUCAGAUUAAUUCUAUAGAGUGCUUAAAGCAUGAACUGCAGUGCUAUGAUAGUCAUGAUCCUGGUUUUGAGGCUCUAAAGCAGUCAGAAAAUAAAACCCCCAAACCCUCAGUAAGUGCCAGCUCUGUAUCCCCAGCAGAAGAGGUGAGCAGUGGGGAGGGGAUGUACACCUGGUGCCUUGCACAUCUGCAUUAACACAUCAGGUCAUUUGUGAGUGCAAAAUUCUGCCUGCAUAACUUUCUGUGCAUCCUACCCAAUGAACAGACCUUUGGGAAGGCAGCUCAGUGAAACCCAAGAAAAUCCAAGUACUGAAAAAUCCAAGUACAGAAACUGCACUCUGAGUGCAGUUUCUGUCUCACCCAGUUUUAUCCUGCAGCCCGGGCUGAGUGAUGAUGACCCUCCUAAAGGGAAAUGCUUCUCCCACCUACCACUUGCUCAC